UUUGCCAAAAACAUUUUUUAAUUUUUAGAAAUUUAUUUUUAACAAAAAUGUCAGCAGCAACAACUAUUUCAUUUCCCCAACACCAACAACAACCAACAGCAGAAGCUGUCCCAACUAUACCCCCACCGUUUAAAGAAACUCAAGGGGCUUGUUCUUCUUUGAGACAAAUUAGUGCUGAUGCUUUUUAUGUAAUUAAUGAAGUUGUUUUGAAACGUUUGGGGCCUGUGCCGAUUUUGAAGGGCGAUUUUCACUUACUUCCAUUUAAAGUUCAACGUUUUGUUGCAGAAAAAGCAGAGUUAUGCCGACCAAGAGGAAUUUUUAUUUGUGACGGUUCUGAACACGAAGCGGAGGAAAUGACUGAUUUGUUGGUUGAACGUGGAGUUCUUACACCUUUGACUGCUUAUGAAAAUAAUUAUUUGUGUCGAACAGAUCCUAGGGAUUGUGCUAGAGUAGAAAGUAAAACUUGGAUGGUUACUAGAGAGAAAUUUGAGACAGUCACACAUACUCCAGAAAAUGUCGAGCCAAUAAUGGGUCAUUGGAUGUCUCCAAUGCAAUUUGCCGAGGAAUUAGACGCUCGUUUUCCUGGAUGUAUGGCUGGACGUAUUAUGUAUGUAAUUCCAUUUUCGAUGGGUCCAUUAGGCAGUCCUUUGUCUAAAAUUGGAAUUCAGUUGACUGAUUCUACUUAUGUUGUCCUUUCUAUGCGUGUUAUGACUCGAAUUUUGCCUGAUGUGGCAGAGGCUUUAGGUGACCAAGACUUUGUUAGAGGUAUUCAUUCUGUUGGAUUGCCCCGUCCUGUUAAACAACGUGUAAUUAUUGCUCAUCGUCCUUUAGAAAGAGAAAUUUGGUCGUUUGGUUCUGGUUAUGGGGGAAAUUCUUUGCUUGGAAAGAAAUGUUUUGCCCUUCGAAUUGCUUCAAAUAUUGCACGUGAUGAAGGAUGGUUAGCUGAGCAUAUGUUAAUUAUGGGUGUAACAAGCCCGGAGGGCAAGGAACACUUUAUUGCCGCAGCUUUCCCUUCUGCCUGUGGAAAAACUAAUUUAGCAAUGUUAGAGCCAACACUUCCGGGAUGGAAUGUUCGUUGUGUUGGGGAUGAUAUUGCCUGGAUGAAAUUUGAUGAAGAAGAUGGACGUUUAUAUGCAAUUAAUCCUGAGGCCGGCUUCUUUGGUGUAGCCCCUGGCACUUCAAUGAAAACAAAUCCAAUUGCAAUGGCUACUUUCCAACGUAAUUCUAUUUUUACAAAUGUAGCAGAAACUAAUGAAGGAAAAGUUUAUUGGGAAGGAUUGGAAGAUGAAAUAAAAGAUAGAGAAGAUAUAAAAAUAAUUGACUGGAUGGGAAAUGAUUGGAAAUUUGGAGAAUCUACUACUCCAGCAGCACAUCCAAAUUCGCGUUUUUGUGCACCGGCAAAGCAAUGUCCUAUUAUUCAUCCAAAUUGGGAAUCCCCGAAAGGCGUCCCAAUUGAUGCAAUUAUUUUUGGCGGUCGCCGUCCCGAAGGUGUUCCUUUAGUUUUUGAAUGUUUUUCGUGGGAACAUGGAAUUUUUACUGGUGCUUGUCUUAAAUCAGAAACAACGGCUGCUGCUGAACAUAAAGGAAAGACAGUUAUGCAUGACCCUAUGGCAAUGCGUCCAUUUAUGGGAUACAAUUUUGGUAAAUAUUUGGAGCAUUGGUGUAAUUUGAAAAAGCCUGGGCGUAAAAUGCCGAAAAUAUUUCAUGUCAAUUGGUUUCGAAAAUCAUCCCAAGGAAAAUUCUUAUGGCCAGGAUAUGGUGACAAUAUUCGAGUUAUUGAUUGGAUUGUUAGACGUCUUGAUGGAGAUAAUGGAAUUGGAAUUGAAACAGCUAUUGGGACUAUUCCAACAAAGGAUUCUUUGAAUUUGAAUGGACUUGGAGAGAUUAAUUGGGAGGAAUUAAUGUCUUUACCUCCCAACUAUUGGAAUGAAGAUUCUAAAGAAGUUAGAAAAUUCCUCGAGGAACAGGUUAAUUCUGACCUUCCAGAGAAAAUUCGCAAUGAAUUAAAUGACCAAGAGAAACGUAUUGCUUCUCUCUAA